CACUUCCUGGACAGCGGGGCUUGAGGCCCAGCGGGCGCGUGCACGCAGUGAUUCGUGGCCGAGAGCAGGCGCUGGGGCGCUGAGCCGACAGCGACGUGUGGCGUCACAUGACGUGAGGUUUCUCGUGCGCGCCCUAGAGCGCGUCCUAGGGGGGCUGCUGUCGGGCGUGCGCGCUUGUGCGGAGCCGGAGGCGGGGGCCGGACCAGCACGGGUUGCGGAGCCCGACGAAGACGGAAGGCGGGGCCAGCUCCGCGACCGCGGCGACUACAUACAGAGAGAGCGCCCGGGCCCAAGGGGAGCGAUGCUGUGGUUUCAGGGCGCCAUUCCUGCCGCCAUCGCGACGGCCAAGAGGAGCGGCGCGGUCUUCGUGGUGUUCGUGGCAGGUGAUGAUGAGCAGUCUACACAGAUGGCUGCAAGUUGGGAAGAUGAGAAAGUGACAGAAGCAUCUUCAAAUAGUUUUGUUGCUAUUAAAAUUGAUACCAAAAGUGAAGCCUGCCUACAGUUUUCACAAAUCUAUCCUGUAGUAUGUGUUCCAUCCAGUUUCUUUAUUGGAGACAGUGGAAUUCCAUUGGAAGUAAUAGCAGGAAGUAUUUCUGCUGAUGAACUUGUUACAAGAAUUCACAAAGUACAACAGAUGCACUCACAGAAAGGGGAAACAUCAGUAGGAAAUGGCAACCAGCCAGAAAGUUCAGUGUCUACUCCAUCUGCCUCAUUUGAACCUAACAACACUUCUGAAAACUCUCAGUCCAGAAAUGUAGAGCUUUGCGAGACACCACCCACUUCUCCUGAAAUAAAGUCAGAUACUGCAACAGGAGGAGAAAGUUUAGGCCAUGCCACUCCCUCUCAGGAGCCUAGUGGAUGUUCAAAUCAGAGACCUGCAGAGGACCUCACCGUCCGAGUGGAAAGACUAACAAAAAAACUUGAAGAAAGAAGAGAAGAGAAAAGGAAAGAGGAAGAACAGAGAGAGAUUAAGAAGGAAAUUGAGAGAAGAAAAACUGGAAAAGAAAUGUUAGAUUAUAAAAGAAAACAAGAAGAAGAAUUAACAAAAAGAAUGUUAGAGGAAAGAAACAGAGAAAAGGCAGAAGAUAGAGCAGCUCGAGAGCGUAUUAAACAGCAGAUUGCAUUGGUAAGUCUCAGGUUGGUUUUAUUUAUUUUUUUAAAAUUCAUUCUACAGACAGGUAGCACUGUUGCAAGAAUUCAAUUCCGUCUUCCUGAUGGUUCUUCCUUUACAAAUCAGUUUCCUUCUGAUGCUCCUCUAGAAGAAGCAAGGCAGUUUGCUGCACAGACUGUUGGCAACACUUACGGUAAUUUUUCAUUAGCAACCAUGUUUCCCAGGAGGGAAUUUACCAAAGAAGAUUAUAAAAAGAAAUUACUGGAUCUGGAACUUGCCCCAAGUGCUUCAGUGGUACUGUUGCCAGCAGGAAGACCAACUACAUCGAUUGUACACUCUUCCAGUGGAGACAUUUGGACAUUGUUGGGGACAGUACUUUACCCAUUCCUUGCCAUCUGGAGAUUGAUUAGCAAUUUCUUAUUUAGUAAUCCUCCUCCUGCACAGACUUCAGUGAGAGUACCAUCGUCGGAACCCCAAAACCCUGCAUCAUCUAGCAAAUCAGAAAAAAGGGACCCAGUCAGAAAAAGAGGGCUGGAAAAACGUGGGGAAGACUUUAAAAAGGAGGGGAAGAUAUAUAGAUUGAGGACUCAAGAUGAUGGUGAAGAUGAAAACAACACUUGGAAUGGAAAUUCUACUCAACAGAUGUAGUGUGACAAGUACAGUAUGUGCAAUAAUCAUUGUUUCUCUUAUGAUUUAAUUCAACUAAAAUUCUACUGGAGAAGUGGGACUGCUUUAUGUUUUUGAACUGAUUUAUAAAGUGUCUCUUUAUUCCUGCUUAGUGGGUAUGGGUUAAACUCGUUUAACUUAGAAAAGUCAAGACAUAAAAUAACUGGCUGCUGGGUCCUUGCAUUUGGUAACCACUGCUAGAAGCCUAAACAAAUCAAAAGGCCUGCCACACCUGCCUCCAUCUGCUUCUUAGUAUUUCAUAUACUCUUUACCCCUGUGCUCUUAGACGACACAUUUUAUUUAGAAUGAUUUUGUUCCGAGACUCUUAAGCCCACACAAAGUAACUGGUAUGUUACUGAGUAAUUUGACACCAAGUCAGAGCAUUUUAACUAGCCAAUCAGAUGAUAAUUUAUGUUUAACUUUUCUUUUUCCUUAUCAGCUGCAAGCAAAACCUUGUAGGUUUUAAUCUUACUUAACAUUGAAUAAAAAAUCUUUUUCCAAAAAUCAGAAUGAUCUUAUUUUUACUUUAAGUUUUGUUAUCCUAGCAUCUUUUUAUUGCACAGGGCUCUUUUGAAGUCAGGUGUCUCUGAUUCCCCCCCCCCCCAGUACUGCCCUGGAGCCAUGCCAAGAAUGUAGCUGGCCACCUUAAUCACUGAAGAAAGAUAUUUUCCGAUGUACUGAUGCCACACUGCUGUCUCUCCUAAGCUAGUGAGGUAUCACUUUGUUUGCAUAAAGUUAGAGUUUGUUAAGGUCUUUGUUCUCAUCAGGUAGAAAACAGAGGCUAGUCCACAACCUAGUUUUCUCUCUCAUCCUUAUACUGAAGCUUUAUUCUCAAUAAUCAUACUUCAAGGACCUAAAGUACCUGUAGGACAAGAAGUGUAGAAUAAAGACAUGCCUUUAUUCAUUUGCUAAUUCUUAAGAAUUGAAGGAGAUGCCGAAUCUGACUUACAUGCUUUCUCCAUAAUGUUUUUUGUAGUGAACUAGCUAGCAAUGUUUGGAAACAGUUCAUCUGUUUUAGAUUGGAAGAUAACACUCUUGAGCAAACAUAUGGAAGGACUCUGACUUUAUUUUGUAAUGGGUGGAAGAAAUUUUCUCAGCAAACUUUGUUUUUCAUUUAUGAAAUAGCAGUAAGUUUUAAAAAUGGCAAUAGUCAUUUUUGGCAAGGAAACAGUGAGACAGACUAUUCUUUUGGUAGAAAUGAAACCAGCAUAAUCUUUCUGAAAAACAUUUUUCAGAAACUUUAAUAUUUCAUAUUCUUUGAUCUAAUAACUUUCUAAAGAGUGAUCAUAAAUGCAGACAGUGUUUAGAUAUAAAUUGAUACUCAUUAAGUGUUAUUUAUUUUACUCAAGAACUGGAAACCAACGAAAUUCCUUCUGCAGAAGUAAUUAAGUUUUGAUGAUGAGAAAUCAAUGGUAUAAUACUAAUUAUCAAUUCAGUUUUCUAUGUUUAUUGAGCACCUGUUAUCUGUUGGGGGAAAAGAAGCAGGAGUUAGAGCUGGAGAGGGUGAACUCAGCUUUGUAAACACAUUUUCUAUAUAGAUAGUUGUAGGUAUUAAUAUAUAUGUAAAGAAACAAGAAAACACACCAAAACAUUCAUAGUGGUAAGAGUGUUACAUGCGACUUUAGUAGGUUUUUUGCACCUUCCUAUUUUCCCAGUUUUCUUCAUUGACCAUAUACUAUUUCCAUAACUUAAAAAAUGAGUUUGAAAAAGAAAAUCUCUCUAGCAAGCAUCCCAUUUAAAUAAAAGUUUGUCAUCUUUAAAAAUACAGCAAUGUGAUUGUUUUAAAGGCCUAUCAAUAGGUGUGACCCUACUAAUAAUGGUUAGAAAUACAUUUGAAAAAACAUCAAGUACUUUAAGUCAGUUUGGCUUAAAAAAUACCAAAUUUAAAUCCUAGAGAAAUGUACCUGAAAGAAUGCUUCAUAAUUUUUGAGUAGGAGCAUCCGUCCUCAAUUUUGUAUUUUUUAAGUACACAUGGUAAAAAAUUCAAAACAGUGUAUAAAUGAAAAGGUCUCCCUCUUCACAUCCUAACCCCCAAUAUUAUUCUCCAAAGGUAAUCUAGUUAACAGUUUCUUAUGUAAUUUUCAGAAAAUUUUUAUGCGUAUAUAAGCAAAUAUGUAAUCUUUAUUUUUUAAAUAAAUGGGAUCAUAUUGUAUAUAC